UUGAAAAUCAAAAGUUGUUGUUGCAAGGUUGUGUCAAAUUUUAGCCAUUGUCAUUAUUUCUAUUAACUUUAUUUGCAAAAAAUACAAAAACAAUGGAAGUAGAUGAGGAAGAAUUCGAGGUACCAUCCAGCAGUAGCAAAGGCGAAAAGAAGCGUUUCGAAGUCAAAAAGUGGAAUGCCGUGGCAUUGUGGGCCUGGGAUAUUGUUGUGGACAAUUGCGCCAUUUGUCGCAAUCAUAUAAUGGAUUUAUGUAUUGAGUGCCAGGCUAAUCAAGCAUCCGCCACGAGCGAGGAAUGCACAGUAGCAUGGGGCGUAUGCAAUCAUGCUUUUCAUUUUCACUGCAUUUCGCGCUGGUUGAAGACACGCCAGGUCUGCCCGCUGGACAAUCGCGAGUGGGACUUCCAAAAGUAUGGUCACUAAACAAUGUCAUAAAUUAUCUUAUCCAUACCCUUCGUCUGUACACAUCCUGAUGCAUUUUUGGCAUCGCGAUCAUUUAUAAUUUAAGUAGGAGCAACGUAAUAAUAAUAAAAACGCGUCUUUUACAUACAAA